AUGUGCUUGCCUAAAUCUGCUGGAGGAAUGAGGCUCAUCAACAUACACCUAUGGAACCAAGCUGCUAUUGCUAAGACCUGCUGGGAUCUUGCUCAUAAAACUGAUAAACUAUGGAUUAGAUGGAUCCAUUCUUAUUAUAUAAAAUCCCAUACUGUCUUUAAUGUUCCUGUACCUCAACAUGCUUCAUGGAUGGUUAAGAAGAUACUUGCAGCUAGAGUGAUACCAAAACAGAUACACACUCAAAGAGACUCACCAACUACUGCAAACUUUUAUGUGCAUUUGCUGGGUAAUAGACCAACAGCCCCCUGGAAAAAUAUGAUGUUUAACAACAGUGCAAGACCAAAGGCUAUUGUUACAAUGUGGAUCAUGCUGCAGAAUAAACUCCCAACUACAGACAGAUUAACCUCCUGGGGAAUAGAUGUCAACCAACAAUGCAAACUCUGUCAACAAGAUCUGGAAAAUAGAGAGCAUCUGUUUACUCAAUGUGAAUUUACUAGAGCUAUUUGGAAGAAAUUGCUUAAUUGGAUUAAAUGGCCACUCUUUCAUGCUGAUGCAUGGGAUAUGCAUUUGGAAUGGACUCUGAAACAAUCUAAAGGCAAGUCUCACAAUGCACAACUCUUCAAAUUAAUAUAUGCUGAGUGCUCUUAUGCAAUAUGGAUGGAAAGAAACCAGAGAACUUUUGAAGAAAAAAGAAGAAACUAUGAAGAGAUAACUAAGGAAAUAGCAUAUAUGUGCACUUUGAGAGCUCCUUUGGCGAUUAGUACUCGACUACAACAAUCUCUCCUCUUCUGA